UUCCUGUCCUCCUGAAAGCUAAAAGAAGAAGGUUUAUUUUCAUGUUUCAUGUUGGCUGCAGCUGAUAGAAAAUGAAAUAAUACAAACAUAUCCGCUUUAAUGUUUUAGUUUAAAGCCUCAGAUUGAACCGUUUUAAGUUUUAUUCUUGUAUAAACUUCAAUCAUGGCUCAUUUGACGGAAAACCCCGCCGAUAAAGAGAGGUUCAUCUGCGUCUACCCCGUCUACAUCAACAGUAAGAAGACCCUCGCUGAAGGCCGCAGGAUCCCCUCAGAGAAGGCGGUGGAGAACCCGUCCUGCGCUGAGAUCAGAGACGUUCUGACGGCUGCAGGGAUGAACGUGUACGUGGAGAACAAGAUGCACCCCAGAGAGUGGAACAGGGACGUCCAGUUCAGGGGCCGGGUCCGGGUCCAGCUGAAGCAGGCCGACGGCAGCCUCUGCCAGGACAAGUUCACCUCCCGUAAAGCUGUGAUGAUCUACGUGGCCGAGAUGAUCCCCAAACUGAAGACUCGCACCCAGAAGAGCGGAGGAGGAGACACCAGCUCACAGCAGGGGGAGGGAGGCAAGAAGAGCAAGAAGAAGAAGAAAUAAACUCUUUAAAUGAUUUGUUUUGUACUUGAAUCCAUCAGUGUUGCACUGAAUCAGAGCAGGAUUCUUUCUGUUUAAAAUCCUUCAUUUCUAAAUAAACCCAGUUUUAUUAAACAGGUUUUAGUUUCAGCUGAGAUAAAUCCAGAGCUUUUCAUUCUGGAACCAGACGUAAAAAUCAAAGUGUUGAUGAUUAAAGAAGGUGAAAUGUUUUGAUUUUUAUCCUCAGUUUCUUUGUUUUUCCUCAACGUUUAGUUUGUUUCUGUUUCUACAGAAGAAGAAAUAAUGAAAUGUUUGCUUUCUCACUUCUCAAACUUUAUUUCAACUUUUAAAACAGCGUGACGAGAGAUAAAAACAUCUUUGUGUUUCAUGGUGGGAUGUUCUGAUUUAAAAUAAAUCCACAGAUGAAA